CGACCGACCGACCACCACCGCCCCGGCACGGCCACAACGCACCGAACCCGGACCGCCUCCGAACUUCAUCGAGGCCUCCUCCCCUAUCAAACGACAAUCCGCCGAAUCUCUCUUGUCGAACACACGGACGACCCCCCUCCCUCCAAUGGCCCUCCUGCGACACGCCGCGCGCGCUGCGCGCUGCUCCCGCCAGCCCAUCGCCGCCGCCGCCGCCCCCUCCUCGCGCGCCUUCUCCGUGUCCACCCGACGACAAGGCGGCGGCCACGGCAGCGAGUCGCAGUUCGACCCCCCCACCGGCUGGCUCUGGGGCAUCAAGCCCGGCGAGAAGGCCGAGGCCGAGGGCUGGGAGUGGCCCAUGUACCUCUUCUGCGGCAGCCUGCUGGCCACGGGCAUCGCCCUCGCCUUCAAGCCCGACACCACUGUUUCCACCUGGGCCCUUGAGGAGGCACGACGGCGGUUAGAAGCCGAGGGCAUCCUGCCUGACCCCUCACCGGAGAAGAAGAACUAGGGGCGGGGUUGGCACUUGGACGAUAGACGGGGGGAAGCCGGCAGCGACGGACAUGCCGGUCCGUGAGCCGCCAUCUGUACAUGUUUGGCCUUUGCUUUUGUUGCUCGGGGGACAGUCCUCACGGCAUGACUACUAGACUUGAAUGCAAGG